GUUUUGUGAAAGGUGCACACAGUGAAGCCGCUGCAUUUGUUUUUUUUACUUCCUGGAUCCGGACAGUGUCAUUCAGCCGAAAAUGGUCCAUGCUGAAGCCUUUUCUCGCCCUUUGAGCAGAAAUGAAGUAGUCGGAUUAAUCUUUCGUUUGACUAUUUUUGGUGCUGUCACAUAUUUUACUAUUAAGUGGAUGGUGGACGCGAUGGAUCCGACAAGAAAACAGAAGGUUGAAGCUCAAAAACAGGCUGAAAAGCUUAUGAAGCAGAUUGGUGUAAAAAAUGUGAAGCUUACCGAAUAUGAGAUGAGCAUUGCGGCCCAUUUAGUUGAUCCUCUCAGUAUGCUGGUUACAUGGAGCGACAUUGCAGGUUUGGAUGAUGUUAUCACAGAUCUUAAGGAUACAGUUAUACUCCCAAUCAAGAAGAAACAUCUAUUUGAGAACUCAAGGUUACUGCAGCCUCCUAAAGGUGUGCUUCUGUAUGGUCCUCCAGGAUGUGGUAAAACGCUGAUUGCUAAAGCAACAGCCAAGGAAGCAGGGUGUCGAUUCAUCAAUCUUCAGCCAUCUACUCUUACUGAUAAAUGGUAUGGAGAGUCCCAGAAACUAGCAGCCGCUGUUUUCUCCUUGGCCGUAAAGCUCCAGCCAUCCAUUAUUUUUAUUGAUGAAAUAGAUUCUUUUCUCAGAAGUCGUUCAAGUUCUGACCAUGAGGCCACAGCAAUGAUGAAAGCUCAGUUCAUGAGUCUUUGGGAUGGGCUGGAUACAGACUACAGCUGUCAGGUGAUUGUAAUGGGAGCUACAAACCGUCCCCAGGAUCUUGAUACAGCAAUAAUGCGAAGAAUGCCUACGAGAUUCCAUGUCAAUCAGCCGUCUAGGAACCAGCGAGAGGCAAUACUUAAUCUCAUCUUAAGAAAUGAAAAUGUGGAUGAACACGUGGAUUUAAUAGAAGUUGCAAAUGGAACUGAUGGUUUUUCUGGAAGCGAUCUGAAGGAGAUGUGUCGUGAUGCGGCACUAUUCUGUGUGCGCGAGUAUGUCAGCAACUCUUCAGAUGAAAGGUGUAUAUGCAGUCGGAUUUCAGAAGUGCAAUGUUUUUAUGAAGAGAUUCGACCAAUACAACAGCAAGAUCUGUUGAAAGCCAUUGAAAAAAUGAGGAAAUCAAAGAGCGCAGCAAGCCAGGGUGUUUUAAUGCACGCUAGUUUGGACUAAAGAUGUUUUGCCAUUUGUGUUACAAAAUUAGAUGGAAGACGAUGGUCCGUGAACGGUGGGAAUGUGAAGAUGUUUGUGGUUUGCAAAAAAAAUGGAGCUUGUCUUGUUAAAAGCUCUUAAUAAAUGUAAACAUUGGAUAGAGAACCAUGGAAUCCAUUCAUAAUAAAGCAAAAUCCUUGAAACAGAGAAGAAGAUAGUAACGAUAGGUUAGUGCUCUUAAACCUUGCGUGGUCCAAGCUGGGGAAGCAGCCGUGAUGACCAGUGAUACAUAAUGAAUGGCUUUGUAUUGGUCUUGUUGACGAUGUGUGUCUGUGUAAGUGAAAUUAUCAGUAGUACAUCCUGUGCUGCUGUUGUAAAUAUUGUUGUCCACAAAAGGAAUAUCUAAAGUAGAGUAAUUAUGCAUCUGAUUAUAAACAUAAAAUUAGAUUUAGUUUAUUAUUUUGGAAUGUUCUCAUCGGAACUUGGCCAGCUAAUAUAGCUCACAAUUAUAACGGCAGCGUGUCCAUUUAACAUGACAGAGGCCGCUGUUUUUCUUCAUACAAUUUAACUAGUUUUCUCCCACUCUAUCCUUUAGUUGUAGGAAGAGUGUUUGGGAUCUCUGUGAAUGCAGUCAACCCUAAAGCCAUCUGACAUGUCACAUGUGCAAUAUAUAGUGUGUAUAAUUGUAUAUACCAUGGUAUGUGUUCCGGUAAUAUGGUGUGAAAUAAUGCAGUUUUACAGAUGCGAUUUUAAAGGGAUAUGAAACCCAAAUAAACUUUGAUUAUUCAGAUAGAGCAUACAAUGUUAAUCAACUUUCCAAUUUCUAUUAAUGUGCUUGGUUCUCUUGGCAUCUUUUGAUGAAAACCAUACCUAGGUAGGCUCAUUAGCUGGGAGCACAUGUACGCCUCUUGUCAUUGGCUUACCAAUGUGUUCAGCUUGCUCUAAGUAGUGCAUUGCUGCUCCUUUAACAAAGGAUACAAAGAGAAUUAAGCAAAAUAGAUCAUAUAAAGAAACUGUAAAGUUGUUUAAAAUUAUAUGCCCUAUCUGAAUCACCAAAGGAAAUUUUUGGGUUUCAUAAGCCUUUUAAUAAUACUUUUGCAUUAUCACUUGUCCGUUAUUCUGUUGUUUACCAUCCCCCCAAAUAUUUAAAAAGGGAAAAUCUACAUACGCACUUAUUCUUGUAAAAUGGCUAUAAACGUAAUACUACAUGAAGUAUACAAAUGAUGUACAUUUUUAAUUUGUUAGAAUAGUUUCCUAUCAUUACAAUAAAGUAGAAUAACAGAUCAUAUGUGACAACAUAAAGAAAUAUUUGUUUAUUUUUGGUCUAAACAUAAAACUCAAUGGGACCUGAAUUACGAGCAUCAUUUAAAACCAAGGAAAGGAAACAAACGUUUUUGUAUUAUAAAAGCAUUUCUAAAACAUCAUAUGUCACUGGUCAGGGAAAAUCCAUAGACUCCUAAUAACAAAUCAUGAUUACCAGCUGUAUUCUUUAACACUGGAGCAGAUACUGCACUGACUGAAUAUUUUGGACGCCUCUUUAUGGUUUGUUUUGCUGUAUGGAUGCAUUAAAUGUGUAGCUUAGAUUUACCCAGCCUGGAAAUGAAGUUAAUGGAUCCUGUACAUUGAGAGACGUGGAUGCUACAGCCUAAAGGACUUGUUAUAUUUUUAUUUUUGCUUUUUUUUUUAAUUUGAUUUUUUAAUGCAAUAGAUGCCUCUUAAUUUUUGUUCAUCUUUUUUAAGUAAUAUUUCAGAGUGCUGCAAUUAUAUUCACAUGAGAAAAAUAAAAGAAAUAUGAAACAAA